AGGCUCUAAAGCAUACUAGUGCAUGAAAGUGCCUAAGGAUUUAUGUAGUAUAAUUGCUUAGAGAGCUUUCAUAGCAGAAUGGAGGACAGGCACAUUGCAGAACAUUUUGUGGUGGCAGGUCUACCUCCAGAUAACCUAGACCUCCUGGAGGAAUUCUCAUGCGACGGUGCUUCCCUGAAGACUGACCACUCAUUGCCACCCAUCACUGAUAUUGGUGUGGUCAACACAUCAUUGGGAGAAGAAGUCCCUGAUGGCUACACCCUGAUUUCAACUACACCUUCUGGAGGAUCAGCCAACCUCAACUUGGGUGUGUUUCGAGCACCCGAAAUGUACCUCUGCUACAAGCGGGGAACUCACCAACCUCCUCUUGUUGACAUUGGAGUGUUAUAUGACGGACGAGAGAAGGUGAUGGUGGACUCUCAGAUGCUUCAGUUCACUGUUGGUAACCACUCAGCCAACAUCAACCCACAUGGUUACACCACCUACAUCACCUACAGACGGUCCAGUCCCGACCGUGAGUGCAAUGAGCUCGUGGUGUCCGACAUCUGCGUGAAGAACAAGGAGCCUGCACCUCACUCCUUCUGCACCAUCGACAGGAACAUCAAUAAGAAUAGCAUGAUGGGUGCAGAAGUUUACAUUUGCUACCGCAAGUCAGUGAACCGUCCCACGUACAUCGCCUACAAGCCAGCCCUGCUAGACAACUGCUCCCCCACCUCUCGUAAACCUUCCUUCUCUCUGCCCGCCGACCUCGCCCUCUUCUGUGUCCCCAUGGGCGCCACGCUCGAGUCGUGGCCUCCUCAAACCAAGGUGCCUGAGCCGGUGUUCUCGACGUUCGUGCUGACCGUGACAAGUCCUCAGAGCGAUCAGGUGGACAAGGUCUACUGCGCCGGCGUGACGUUCUACGAACGAUACGACCACGCUAAGCUCUCUCUAGAGCAGGCUACCCAACUCAAGCUUAAAGAACACGAUGGCUUCAACAAUCUCGUCUACACCAACAAAAGCAUCUGUUUGCUGUCCCUCUGGCCCUUCUUCGACACUUUCGAAACGUUUCUAAAAUAUUUACAUCAGAUGGUGCACUCAGGUCCACAUAACGUGCCAAUUGAGCGCUACAUUUACCACCUCUUGGAGUCGGUGCCUUUCCCUAGUGUUCAGAGGCCGCGGAUUUUGGUUCAACUGGACGCUCAUACGUGCAUGACUCUGUCCUUGCCUGAAGACUCUCCCAUUGCCUUGAGCGGGGCUCGGUUUCGCGACCUCAUCUCGCUGCUAAGGCCCAAUGCGUGCCUUCAGCUUCUCGUCUUCGCUCUCACGGAACAAAAAGUCCUCCUUCACUCCCUGAGACCGGCCGUGCUCACUGCGGCUACUGAGGCGCUUGCCAUGAUUAUAUUUCCCUUCCAUUGGCAGUGUCCGUACAUUCCUCUCUGCCCAUUGGGGCUCUCUAGCUUCCUCAAUGCCCCCAUACCGUUUCUUUUAGGUCUCGACUCGCGCUUCUUCGACAUGUAUCAUCCUCCUCAAGACGUUAUCUGCGUUGACCUCGAUACCGGCGCCAUCUCCAUUCCCGAGGAUAAACGAGCCAUCAACGAGAAGCUACUUCCUAAGCGAUGCUCAAAAGCUCUCAAAUUUUCGCUAGAAGAUCUUUGCACUAAAUGCUUUUACCUAGAGAGUUACAAGGAAAGAGUGCUGCACAAGCAAAAACUCGCGGCCGCUGGUAAAGCCAUAAAUCCUGAAGAUUCGCCAUUAGAUGCCGCAUUUAAAAUUCGUAGGAUGGAGCAAGAGUUGGAGGUUGAAAUUCAAGAGGCUUUUUUAACCUUUACGGCAAGUCUCCUGCAUGGCUAUAGUUCAUUCCUCCUGCCUAUUGCAUCGCGAAAUUUGAGCCCUGACACUGCGAAUCUCUUCGACAUCGAAGGUUUCGUGAAGUCCCGCGACCGAUCGUACCAGAAAUUCUACAGUAUGCUCGUUAGCACGCAAAUGUUCAGUAAGUUCAUCGAAGAGCGUUCCUUCGUGUCUGACAAAGACGCUUCGCUUGCCUUCUUCGACGACUGCGUAGAGCGCGUGGCUGCCUCCCAGGCCUCAGGCGAGCCCCUGGGACGCCUGCUUGAAGUCGAGUCCGGCAACAGCGAACACACGUUCGUCUUGCCUCCUCCUGAACCUCCUCCCGCCACUGCCCCAGGCACCACAUGGUCCUACGACCACUUCCCUCAUCAGCUGGACAAGUCGUUACUGAGUCCCCCAUCCCCACAGAAGGCAGCCCCGCGACUCAUGCCCCCUUCUGGUGCUGGCUCAGUUCACCCACCGUCACCCAUGGCGCGUCGCAGUAAACAGGAGUUGCGGUCGGCACAGAAGCAGGCGUCCAAACUCGCCCAGACUCCCCUCACCUGGGCCAAGUGCCUUGUUUCUACCUCCUACAGCGUGUGGUAUACUCAGCUAUCUUCGUUCGCGCUCACGCAUCAGCAUGGCAGUCGCGUGCUGCAUCUGGCAUAUCGCGUGCUGCUACACAUCCAGAGCCUAGCGCAGCACAACACGGACGAGGUAUCAUACCGCAUCAUGAUGCAGCUGUGCGGUGUGUACAGCCAGCCAGAGCUCGCCAUGCGCGUGUUAUGCGCCAUGAACACAGUGGGCAUCUCUCCCAACGCCAUCACGUACGGCUACUACAACAGGGCGGUGCUCGAGUGCAAGUGGACGCACGCCUACCACUACUGGAAUAAACUCAGGAACGUGGUGUCGGGCGUCGCUGCAUUCCGCAGCAGCGGACGGGAUCGCGCAGCCAGGCUGGGCCCUACGACAAGGCGCUCCGAGGGCAGACAUAAAGAGGCAGCGCAGGCAGCCGCUGAGGACCACAAGACAGCUGCUCUCGCAAGACAGGAAAAGCCCGAAAAGACUUCCGUGCAGUCAAAUGAUAGUCGGGACACGUCACGUUCUCGUGAUAAACUCACUGAACCGGACGAGAAAUUCAACGGAGCAUCCACGAAGCCCUCAGAUUCUCACGAUGUCGAGACCAGAGAUCCCUUGAGUGCUGAAAGUGAGGGCCUCGCGAACUUUGCUUCCAAAGACCCGCUCAAUAUCAGCAACAGCAACUCUCCUGCAGAAGCUGCAGACUCUUCAAGCCUUACUGGCACAGACGCUGACCUCUGCCAAUCCUCUCUAGCUACUGAAGAAGAAGAACCUCCAGCCAUAGCAGUGGAAGUGAAGAGCGAGAGCCUAGGAGACCAUGACAGGUCCUCAGGUCACUCCAGGGCUGCAGUUACAGACACCAACGCGAGCUGCAGCUCUGAGGUCUCGGACGACAUUCGUCUGGCGUGCGUCAUGGCCUCCACCACGCUGCCGGUUGUCCACUCAGCGGGCCUUGUGAUGACGUCACCGCUGGACGACGCUGUGUUCCAGCCUAGCCAGCGUCAUCGCUCUCGCCCCACCGACCUCGCCCACGCGCUCACCCCCACCCUCCGCAAUUACGACCAAAUGAGUGAACCCUCCGUGCCCCGUUCCUGCGAGCACUCCAGCAACAUGCCUGAGUACCUGAGAAACGCACAAACGGGUGGCGACGGCAAGAUCAUGAACCGCUUGUGGUCUCUGGCGUCUUCGUACAUACCCACUGCGUACGUAGACUCGAGCUACACCACCCCAGUUAGCAGCGUCAACAACACCCCCAAGCGCGCGCCUCCCAAGCGAGACGGUCUUGGGGAACGUUGGGAACGCUCCAUUGAACGCUGGGACAACUCCCCUAAGAUGGCUCGAAGCCGCGAGAAGAUGAGCUCUCAAAACGGAGGCAACGUCAAGCGCGACUUGAGUGGUUCAAGAAAAUGUCACGUACGGUCUGACAGCGGAAGCAGUCUUGGUAGUUUAGGUGAACUCAAUACCGGGCCCGCGGAAGUUCCUGGUGCUAAACCUUUGCCGCGUGAGAACAAUGUCUCUGCUGCUGUUAAGGGAACCUGCGCGAUGGAGUCUGGACCUCCCUUACACGCCUCUCAUAAUGGAACUGUUGCUGUUAGAUGUGGAACUGCCAAGACAGAACAGUAUGAAAAUAAUUGUGACGUCGGAAGGGAAAAGGCGGACGGAAAGAGUCCGAGCGAUGAUAGUUUGAGCGCCAUAGUUGAAGAAGAUUUAUCUGCUCAAAAUGGCGGUCAGGCUCGUAACUUUUUCAGUCGAAAUGCACCUGAACGGUUAUCCAGCCUUUUCAAAAAAAGCGUUGGUGGUGCUGAUGAAAAACUGAAAGGACUAUGGCGCCGAGGUGUCACAAGAUCUGGUAGCAAAGACUCGAUGAAAUCAAACCCUAGCUCAACUGGCUCUCCCUCACCCGUGACAACACCUGGUUCGGAAAAACCUGUGGUCGGGUCUCCCUCCGCCAGCAGCGGGGGCACGCCUGCACGAAGUCCCAAGAAGAAGAGUCCGCAGACAGUGUCGUCCUCCAAAAGCAGCAUGCGCCUCACUAACUCCUCUACUGACAAGGAAUUGUUUUUGAAAGGAGAACAACCUAGGCUAUUCCAAACUGAGUCGCCUGAACAGUACGAAACUCCUCCGACUUCUCCUUUGAAAUCAGCGUGUGUGGCACCCGAACCGAAAUUGCCGCCGGAGCCAAUAAUAGUUCCUGUGGCUCCUGGCCGACACGAAGUGAUUUUGGGCGAUCCUUUAGGCGCACUCGACAGUCCUACAAAUAGUCCAAGCACUUCACCUAAUAUGCCCACUAGUUUAUCAUCGUUUCAGCUUUCAGCAGAUAAAAGUAGUCACGAUUCAAUUCUAGUCAUAGAAGACGACCCAACUUUACGUCCUGCUGCCAUAUUGAACCACGCUAGAGCAUCUCAGGCAACCGGGCUGAGUUAUGAUCUCAAUUUACGUGUGUCCACUGUAAAAAGAACUGUUCUACCACCUUUAUCAAGUCGCGAAGAUGACGAACAACCAAAUGAAUCUCGCGAAGAAUUUUCAGACCCGUUGUUGCACCCUCCUCGUAGUGAUCCUCUUCCUCAAUCGUCAUCGUCAUCUUCGUUAUCUCUCUCGAGCGAAACCGCUACUGCUCAAGUGCAAACGAUUUCUUGGUCGAUUUCUCCACUUGGAUCGCCAUUUUCUGUGCCUAUUCCUAUACCUAUGAAUAAUACUCAGCGCUCGGCCACCAUACCUAGGUCUUCUGCUGAGCCGAGCUCGCCACUCAAAACUCUGCCUCCUCUCGCUCCAAAGACGCCGAACCAUUCGACUCAAUCUUCUGCCACGGUAUCUGGACGUCUCAGUCGCAGCGUUCACCGGCAACUUCUCCAACAGACCGACCUCAAGGGGAAAAAUGUUAGAAGUAGCAGCACAACCUCGAGUUCCACGCCGUCGUCCGACUACACUGAAACAGAUGGUCGAGAAGACGUUCAGCAAAGAGGACGCAGGUCCAGCAUUGGAGGAGGGAGCUCCAACAUUGCUGGCAGGACUUCCAACUCCUUGACAUCUCUGUCGACCGUGUCUGCGUCUGACACCAGCGAGGACGGAUUAUCUCACCGCGGUCACCGCAGACGAGGAAGUGACCUGGCUUCUCGACACGCUGCCACCUUAGAAAGCAAUUACACUCCAUCUAUGUGGUCACAGUUCAGCGACCAAAGCCAGCACAGCGCCGCCCUCACCAGUCUCGCUAACACUGGCCUCCAGAAACUUGGACACUUCAGGGAGAAUUACUUGGACUCCGCCAUGUUUGAACUGCUGGGCUCCGGGGGCUUGUCGGGACGCAAGAGCGAGCUGUUCACGGGGGGCAUGAACAGCUUCAGACGCGUAAGCAGCGCCGUGUCCUCCAUCAUCUCAAAGAAAGUCCGGCAGUCAAUGUCUGCCAACAACACCCCGACUAGGGCGGGGGCCAUCACUGCUUCUGGAGGCGCUUACGGCUCUGCGUGGCGCAGCGUCGACGCAGGCGAGGACGACGACGCGCUCGACGGUUUCUUCAGCAGCCGCAGGAGGGAGAGCGCCCCCAGCGACGCGUCUGGUGCAUUGGCAGCGACCAUAGCCGGGUCCGACGAACUGCUCAUGUCUCAACCCAUGGCCUCGGCUCUGAGUGCUGGAGGCUACCACCUACCACCCAACUACUCACUCUACCACAACCCCUCCGCCCCGGGAGCCUCUCAUCAACACGGUGGGCCCAACACUGGGCAGCUCUUCGACGCGUUCUCUGCGGGCCCCGCGUGGGAGGCACGAGGCCCCUACUGCAUUGGCGUCGAGAUGACUUCCUGUUCCAAGUGCCACAACUGCCACACCCUCCUGUACGACGAGGAGAUCAUGGCUGGGUGGUCGGCCGACGACUCUAAUCUCAACACCAAAUGCCGAUACUGUGACCGUGACACGGUGCCUGUGCUGACCAUCACCGUCUACGAUUUGCUGCAUCUGCCCAAAUCUGAGGCGCCAGGUGUUGAAGCCGAGCGACAGAGAACGUCCUCUGCUGAUGGCGCUAGAAGCUCUGCUAAUUCACUCAAAGAUGAAAUAUUCAAGAAUGUUCGUAGCAAAAGCUGCGGCCGAGAACCGAUGACAGUGGCGUACCUGAGCCCGCUGGUGCUGCGUAAGGAGCUCGAGAGUAUGCUCACUCAUGAGGGCGAUGAUGUCCUCACUCAGCCGUCCUGUCCCGAGAAGCACCCCAUACUUUAUUGGAAUAUGUUAUGGUACUUCACAAGACUCGGUCUGCCCAGCCAGUUAUCUGGUCUGUGCCUUGCUGCCACACUCGCUACAGACAGCCACCGUCUACACCCUUCUUGGUGCUCUAACUCAGCUACCAAUAAUGCUGCCUCUGCUGCUAGCGACGUUGCAGCUUCUACUGCAGGAGCUGCAGCUUCUAACGAAGCUGAUGCCAGUGCAUCUGCGCCGGAUACUGACGUGACUUCCGCAGCUGACGUUUCUAUCGUAGUAGCUCCUGAGGUCGUCAUUGAUUCCCACAAAAACACUUCUGCAGACACUUUCGUUGAAAAUACUAAGAAUAUACUGCUUGAACAAGUCGAAUCUGGUAAAGAACCUGAAACUUUAUUACCAACGGAUAAUGUUCACAUGAAAGACGAUAUUAUGAGCGAAGGUGUUAACGUUAGAACUGUUCCUAACGGUGAUCUGGAGGCAACAAUCCUACCCACCAAUGAGUGCGUGAGUGAUAACAGUUCGAAACCGCAAGAAUUUAGUGAUCGGAAAGACUCUAUAUUAAAAAAUCUAGUCUGUAGCAAAACACCCACCGAAUUACCUUCAACUUGUGUCUCUAACGAAACGAGAGACCAGACGCCUGGCACUGUACCUGACGCUGCUUCGACACCAACGGCUCUCCCGCUUCAGACGUCGUCGUCGAAACCCAAGUUACCAGACUGGCGAAAUGUUUUCGUCAUUUGUAUGUGGGAUUGUCCACUCUAUCACCAAGAAAUCGGCCCGCCGCUGUACCUGCAGCAGAGACAACGAGGGGCAAGCUCGCUUCUUGUUCGCGGCCUGGUCAACCAGCCGCUGCUUAUAGAUGAGAACAUCCUGCAAAGCAUUCUCACGCUGAUCCUGGUGAACGACCUGCAGUCAGCCAUUAAGAUGUUCGCUCAGGAGCUCCGCAAGCGCCCUACCAACCUCCAGCAGCGCCGCCUGCCGCUCUACCGCGACCUGCUACUCUUCGCCUCUGAUGCCAUCUCCCACCCAGCCGUCAACAUGGUGGCGUUCGAGCAGCGCUUCAGGGCCGCGUACGACAGCCUGGACCCCAGCAUAGCGGGUCUCUUUACCCCCGCGGACUCCGCUCCUCCCCUCGCUGCUAACUUCGCCAAGCGCUGCUUCCCUCCACUAUCCCUCUAACGUACUGGUCGGCGCUGCAACAGGAUUGACGAACUCCACUUCUACCCUUUAUUUUAAUACAUUUCAUAUCUACUAUGUUUGUACCUUUGGGAAUUGCAUAAUAUGGUAGAAACAAGUUGUUCUACUAUCCUCGGAUACUCUUCUGAACCUUCUCUGAUGUCAAAUGAUUGUCUUUUCUUCGCCUGGUAUUUUGGUUGAGUAAAUCUAUUUUUCUUUCUGCCGUCAACGUAUCAUCUUAUUUCCGAAUUCUGAAGUUGUUUUCCACUUUUACACCGAGUACUGACACGUUCUUCGUAACAUUUAAUUCAUGUGUGGCAGUUGCCUACUUGUGUGUAUUUAUGCGGCCCUGACCUCGUGCAAUGCUCGCUCUUAUUUUUCAUUCCAUUUCGAAUUUACCGCACGAAAGGCGCGUUAACGGCGUCAUGAUGUUUACAAAUAUUUCGGUUCCUGGUAAAUGAAGUGAGGAAAAUUUGAGAAGUCAACGUGAGUUAUGCGGGUUUCUUGGAGUUUUUUUCGUCGAAAUUCUCUUGGUGUUAAAAUUUUGCAUAAUUUUUACUCGACUGGAGACCUCCUUAGUAUAUUUUUUAAUUUAUUUGCGCGUAAGGGAAACUUAAUUCAUCAGAGAUGUAGAUAGAAUAAACGCUCUUAUCACGUUAACUAUAUUGAGCCAUGUUCCAUAUCAUUCGCUUCCUCUCAUAGUUUAUUGAUAGCUUAUGGUUGUUUAUCGAUUUGUAUAUUUGUGUUGCAAUUUUUUGCUUGAGUUCAAUGAUGACUUCGAGAAAUGUUAAAAUAUCGAAUUAUGACAGGGCCUGAUGUUCCGGUUCUUACUCUAGAUCCUAAACCCUUCUGUUUUGUAGCGAUUAUAAGCCUGAAGCUAGUUAUUAAAGUGCAAAAAUCUCCAGGAUGACGGCCGAUGUGAUCAGGUGUUAUUUAUUAUAUUCUUCCGCGUAAUUGCGCUAUUAAUUUUACUUGAUUAACUUCAUAAUCGAACAGCUUGCCGCUUUGUAAUUAGGGAAAAGCUUGAUAAUUUUAUCUUUUUGAGGACAUCUGUGUUUUUCACACAUGAAAUAUCACCCAACUGCCUCAUGAUGCUCGAAAUUUUACGGAAUAAUGUUAGUUCGUUCAACAGAUUGAUGAGAUCUGUACUGGAGUGUCUCGAGCGUUGUCUCUUCGCUAUGAGUGAGUGCAUUUUUGCCGCUAUUAAUUUAGCCGUGAUUACCUCGCUCGUUUUCAGGGCCUAUACUUUCAAAAAAAGUAAAGAGAUCGUAAAUUCAUCAG